AUGGACCUGAGGGAUUUUUACCUGUUGGCUGCCCUGAUUGCCUGUUUAAGGCUGGAUUCUGCUGUGGCUCAAGAACUUAUUUACACCAUCCGAGAGGAGCUACCGGAAAACGUCCCCAUCGGGAACAUACCAAAGGAUCUGAACAUUUCUCACAUCAAUGCCGCCACAGGAACCAGCGCUAGUCUUGUCUACAGACUGGUCUCCAAAGCAGGAGAUGCCCCUUUGGUGAAAGUGUCCAGCACCACAGGGGAGAUCUUUACCACCUCCAACAGAAUCGACAGAGAGAGACUCUGUGCAGGAGCUGCCUAUGCUGAAGAGAAUGAGUGCUUCUUUGAGCUGGAGGUGGUGAUUCUCCCAAACGACUUCUUUCGGCUGAUCAAGAUCAAAAUAAUUGUGAAGGAUACCAAUGACAAUGCCCCCAUGUUUCCCUCCCCUGUCAUCAACAUCUCCAUACCUGAAAACACUCUGAUCAACAGCCGCUUUCCGAUCCCGUCGGCCACAGACCCCGACACUGGUUUCAAUGGAGUGCAACACUAUGAACUUUUGAAUGGGCAAAGUGUCUUUGGGCUGGAUAUCGUGGAAACUCCAGAAGGGGAGAAGUGGCCUCAGCUGAUUGUGCAGCAGAACUUGGACAGGGAGCACAAAGAUACCUAUGUGAUGAAAAUCAAAGUCGAGGAUGGAGGAACCCCCCAGAAAUCCAGCACAGCUAUCCUCCAGGUCACAGUAAGUGAUGUCAAUGACAACAGGCCGGUUUUUAAAGAGAGUCAGGUGGAGGUUCACAUACCAGAGAAUGCCCCUGUAGGUACCUCGGUCAUUCAGCUGCAUGCCACAGACGCAGAUAUAGGAAGCAAUGCGGAAAUCAGAUAUAUUUUUGGGGCCCAGGUUGCUCCUGCAACUAAAAGACUCUUUGCUUUAAACAACACAACUGGGCUGGUGACAGUUCAGAGGGCCUUAGACCGAGAGGAAACUGCCAUCCACAAGGUGACGGUGCUGGCCAGUGAUGGUAGCUCUACACCUGCCCGGGCAACUGUUUCCAUCAAUGUGACUGAUGUUAACGAUAACCCCCCUAACAUAGACCUCAGGUACAUUAUAAGUCCCAUCAAUGGCACAGUGUACUUAUCUGAGAAAGACCCCAUCAAUACCAAGAUUGCCCUAAUUACGGUCUCAGAUAAGGAUACUGAUGUGAAUGGCAAAGUGAUCUGUUUCAUUGAGAGAGAAGUGCCAUUCCACUUGAAGGCUGUUUAUGACAACCAGUACUUGUUAGAGACCUCUUCCUUGCUGGACUAUGAGGGCACCAAAGAAUUCAGCUUUAAAAUAGUUGCCUCCGAUUCUGGCAAGCCCAGUUUGAACCAGACCGCCCUAGUAAGAGUUAAGCUGGAAGAUGAAAAUGACAACCCUCCAAUUUUCAGCCAGCCUGUAAUUGAGCUGUCCGUUUCCGAAAACAACCGCCGUGGUCUGUACUUAACAACUAUUAGUGCCACAGAUGAGGACAGUGGGAAAAAUGCAGACAUUGUUUAUCAGCUUGGCCCCAACGCCUCCUUUUUUGAUUUGGAUCGAAAGACAGGGGUUUUGACAGCUUCCAGAGUCUUUGACAGAGAAGAGCAGGAGAGGUUCAUUUUUACUGUUACGGCCCGAGACAAUGGCACCCCUCCCCUGCAAAGUCAAGCUGCUGUAAUCGUUACAGUAUUGGACGAGAACGACAACAGUCCCAAAUUUACUCAUAACCAUUUUCAGUUUUUUGUGUCGGAGAACUUACCAAAGUAUAGCACCGUAGGAGUGAUCACAGUGACUGAUGCAGAUGCAGGAGAAAAUAAAGCUGUCACUCUUUCCAUCCUGAAUGACAAUGAGAACUUUGUUCUGGAUCCUUACUCUGGAGUUAUAAAGUCCAACGUUUCUUUUGACCGAGAGCAGCAGAGUUCCUACACCUUUGACGUCAAGGCCAUCGAUGGAGGACAACCGCCUCGUUCUUCCACCGCAAAAGUCACUAUAAAUGUCAUGGAUGUUAAUGACAACAGCCCUGUGGUCAUCUACCCACCUUCAAAUACUUCUUUUAAGCUGGUGCCUCUCUCUGCUAUCCCUGGCUCUGUUGUGGCCGAAGUGUUUGCUGUUGACAUUGACACGGGAAUGAACGCUGAGCUGAAAUAUACAAUCGUAAGUGGAAACAACAAAGGUUUGUUCCGUAUUGAUCCGGUGACGGGUAACAUUACCCUGGAAGAAAAACCUACUCCUACUGAUGUAGGGCUGCAUCGAUUAGUGGUCAAUAUCAGUGACCUGGGUUAUCCUAAAUCUCUGCAUACCCUUGUCCUUGUGUUUUUGUACGUCAACGACACGGCUGGAAACGCCUCUUAUAUUUAUGACUUGAUCCGCAGGACUAUGGAAACACCUUUGGACAGGAACAUCGGGGACAGCAGCCAGCCUUAUCAAAACGAGGACUACCUUACCAUCAUGAUUGCUAUUGUGGCAGGUGCCAUGGUGGUCAUUGUGGUGAUCUUUGUCACUGUUCUGGUCCGCUGCCGCCACGCCUCCCGCUUCAAAGCUGCCCAAAGGAGCAAGCAAGGGGCCGAGUGGAUGUCUCCCAAUCAGGAGAACAAACAGAACAAGAAAAAGAAGCGGAAGAAAAGGAAGUCUCCCAAGAGUUCCCUGUUGAAUUUUGUUACCAUUGAGGAAUCCAAACCGGAGGAUGCCGUUCAUGAACCUAUCAAUGGGACCAUUAGCCUUCCAGCUGAGCUGGAGGAGCAAAGUAUAGGAAGAUUUGACUGGGGCACGGCUCCACCCACCACCUUUAAGCCUAACAGCCCUGAUCUUGCUAAGCAUUACAAAUCUGCCUCUCCACAGUCCGCUUUCCAUCUCAAGCCUGACACUCCCGUCUCGGUGAAAAAGCACCACGUGAUUCAGGAACUCCCUUUGGACAACACCUUUGUUGGGGGUUGUGAUACCCUUUCCAAACGCUCUUCCACUAGUUCAGAUCACUUCAGUGCCUCAGAGUGCAGUUCCCAAGGAGGCUUCAAGACAAAGGGCCCCUUGCACACCAGACAGGUAAACGAGCACUUUUACUGGUCUAUAAGUACUGCAUACAAGUGCCCACCCAACCAGUACUAA